AUGGACGAGGUGGCAUGGUUUGGCCGAUGGGCCGAUAAUGGACUAAAAGGACUCGAUAACUCGCGGAGAUUUAAGCCGACUCACGGGAAAGGAAACCCGAGAGAAAUGGAAACUCGUGAAGUGGGGAUCAGAUCCGAGCAUAGAAACCAAGAGAUCAACACCUUAGGUCGAUACCGAAGUCUCGUUAAUUGCUUGUCUUAUGGUUAUGGUUUCUAUUGCAAUAUGAAUGAUGGUUGGUCUAAGAGAUUUAGGCGACUAUCCAUGAUGGCACCUAACACUCGCAACUCGGCUAAUACCUCGGCUAGACCAGGAGUCGGAGGGAACACUGAGGAAGCACCGAACACUGCUGCGGUGAAUGUUGAGCAAGUGGGUGCGAGGACCGGGACGGAAACCGGAGGGCAUGGAACCCAGGGAGUCGGUACGAGAGCGAUACCAGUAGGGGGUACGGGUGCUAAUGCGACUGCGAACGUGGGGAUGGGGCAAGUAUUGGAGAUCUUGGUCCAAAUACUGAACCAAAUGACACCACCUCAGGCCGCAAACCCGCCUGUACUCAAUGUGGUGCCAGUGGUGGCAGCUCCUUCGUACUUGACUAUCAUGGAUCACAUGCUCAAGUUGGGUACGCAGUACAUUAGUAGAGGAGCGAAUCCGACCGAGGCUGAUGAAUGGAGAAGUCGCCUCGAAAGGAACUUCGACUCGGUGCGUUGUCCGAUGGAGUAUCGGAAGGACAUCGCUACCCACUACCUGUCUGGGGAAGCCCAUGCGUGGUGGACAGGCAUGGCAAACCGUAUGGUCAACCCGAAUUGUUCAUGGGAAACUUUUCGUGGGUUGUUUCUUGCGAAAUACUUUUCGCAAGAAGCUAUCGACCGUCUUGAGUCGGAAUUUCUAGACUUCAAGCAAGGGGACCGGUCCAUGCGAGAGUAUGAGACCGAGUUCAACCGGCUCAAGAGGUACGGUGGAAAUGAGAUGGUAGAGGAGCAAGUUCAGAUUCGUCGGUUCUUGCGGGGCAUGAGAGUGGGCGUCCGGAACCGGUGUAUGAUUCGGAACUUCGGGAGUCUUGUUGAGUUGGUGGAGAAGGCGGCCAUGUUGGAGGACGGACUGGCUGAGGAAGCUCGGCAGAAUCGUAGAGGAAUCACGGUGCAGCAGGCGCCGAUGGUGAAAACUGAACCGGGAACCGGGAGUAAGCACACUGGGAGUCGGAAACCUACGAGUAAGGACAGUGUGCGCUUGUGUCCGACUUGCCGUAAGAGACACUCGGGUCAGUGUCGGCAGUUAAUGGACACUUGUUUCGAUUGCGGUGAGAAGGGUCACAUGGCAAGCAGCUGUCCAGAGAGGGGGAGCGACACACGAGUGUGCUACCAAUGUGGACAGCCGGGUCACAAUCCGCCGGAUUGUCCGCAGUUGGGGACGCAAGGGCAGAAACGGGCCAGCGAGGUGCUGCCGUUGCCACCACCGCCGAAACGGCCGGCGAUUAUGCCUAGAGUGUAUUCGAUCGCGGACGGGCAGGUGGAAGCGAGCACUUCACAGCAGAUCACUGGGAUCUUACUCAUAGGCGGUGUGGAAACUCAUGUGAUGUUUGACACUGGGGCUACACAUUGUUUUGUGAGUCCGGAUAUGAUUGGUAAAGGAGGUUUCCGGAAGGAACCCAGGGAUCAUUUUGGUUUAGUGCAAGCAGCGGGCGGUCAAGUGAUGUUUACGUACGGGGUGGUACGUAGCAUUUCGGUCAUGGUAAGCGGUAUGGAUAUGCUGGCAGACUUAGUCAUAUGCCAAGUGAAGGCACAUGAUGUGAUAUUGGGUAUGGAUUGGCUAAGCAAACACCAAGCUCACUUGGACUGCUACCGCGGGUGUGUACUGUUUGAAACUGCGAAAGGGAUGUUAGAAUAUCAGGGCAUCAGUCCAUUGUCGGGAAACCUUUUGGUCUCGGCGACGCAGGCUGAGCAGUUAAUCAGUAAUGGGUGCGAAGCUUACUUGGCUUCGAUCAUGAUAGAGGAAGUAGGCACGGGUACGGGACUAUCAAAGAUACCAGUGGUACGAGAGUAUGAAAGUGUGUUCGGACCCUUGUCCGGGUUACCACCAUCACGGUCAGAUCCGUUCACUAUCGAGUUGGAACCUGGUACGGCUCCAAUAUCGAAGGCUUCGUAUCGCAUGGCACCGGCAGAGAUGGCAGAGUUAAAGAAACAGUUGGGAGAGCUGAUGGAGAUGGGAUUCGUAAGACCAAGUAGUUCACCAUGGGGUGCACCGGUACUCUUUGUAAAGAAGAAGGACGGUACCUUUCGGCUUUGCAUCGACUACCGAGGAUUGAACAAGGUAACGGUGAAGAAUCGGUAUCCUUUACCAAGGAUCGACGAGUUGUUAGAUCAACUUCGAGGAGCCACAUAUUUCUCGAAGAUUGAUUUGGCUUCAGGAUAUCACCAAAUCCCUAUAGAGGAGUCCGACAUUCGGAAGACAGCCUUUAGGACAAGGUACGGCCAUUACGAAUUUGUGGUCAUGCCGUUUGGGUUAACCAACGCACCGGCAGCUUUCAUGAAACUCAUGAAUAAUGUUUUCCGAGAGCACCUGGAUGAGUUUCUGAUUGUGUUCAUAGACGAUAUUUUGGUUUACUCGAAGAUGAGUAAAGAGGAGCAUGCCGCACAUUUGAGGAUAGUGCUAGAAAAGUUGAAGGAGCAGAAGCUUUUCGCCAAGCUAAGCAAGUGUAGUUUUUGGAAGCGCGAAAUUGGGUUCUUAGGGCAUGUAGUAUCGGACAAAGGAGUGUCCGUGGAUCAGGAGAAGAUUCGAUCCAUAGCAGAGUGGCCUAGACCAUGGAACGCCUCCGAGAUUAGAAGCUUCCUAGGAUUGGCCGGAUACUAUCGACGAUUUGUGAAAGGGUUCGCAAGCAUGGCGCAGCCGCUGACCAAGCUAACCGGAAAGGACGAACCGUAUGUGUGGUCGGCUGAGUGCGAAAAGAGUUUCUCGAGACUUAAGGAUAUGCUGACUAGUGCUCCGGUGUUGGCACUACCGGAUCCGGACGAGUCGUACGUAGUAUACACGGACGCGUCGGGUCAAGGUUUGGGAUGUGUACUUAUGCAGAAUGGGAAGGUGAUAGCUUAUGCGUCUAGACAAUUGAGGAAGCAUGAAGCGAAUUACCCAACUCAUAAUCUGGAGAUGGCAGCUGUAGUAUUUGCACUAAAGAUUUGGAGGUCCUACUUGUAUGGUGGUAAGGUGCAAAUAUACACGGACCACAAGAGCUUACAGUACAUCUUUACUCAGUCAGAACUGAACCUACGCCAGCGGAGAUGGAUGGAGUUAGUCGCGGACUACGACCUAGAGAUCAGUUACCAUCCGGGUAAAGCUAAUUUAGUAGCAGACGCCUUGAGUAGAAGAGGGUCGGCUAUCAGUGCUGAGAAAGAAGUUGAGGACUUAGUUGGUAUGAUCAGAAUCUAG